AUGCGCGCGCGUGUGCAUGAGGAUGCUCCUAUGGGCUCGAUGGGCUGCGGGGGAAGCAGAUCCGCCACGAUCGAACCCCGUUAUUACGAGAGCAGAGACACCGAGUCGACGUGGCUGACGAGCACGGACACGGACACGCAGCGGGCCGCCGGUACCGGAACCGGAGAGAGCGCGAGCGACGAUGACAAGACCGCAGCGGGAGCCGCAUCAGAUCAAAAGGAAGAGAAGCCUGUGACCAGAAGCUCUUCUGCCAAAGAGAAGAAGCUGGUGAACGCUGGCACCCAGUGUGGAAGAAACCCCGGCGGCACCCCGAGGAGACCAGCGCACAGAGACCAGGAUAAGAGUAAAUCAAAGACAACCCCCAGAAAGACGGGGUUAAAAGUGUCCGAUCCGACUGUAAACACAGAGGUGAUGCCUUGA